UGCGCCACCGCUAGAACAUCUGAGUGCCAUUCUCGUUUUCAAAACACGGUCCCUGCUGCCGAAGAAAAGUCUGCAAAAGCGUCCCAAUUGGACAGCAGGAGGGCCGGCGAGAUGGGCUACCAAUACUUCGACACUCCGCAGGGCAAGGACUGCGACAAGAAGUUAUUUUUCGCGACGAAAUACGCUGCAGGCGCGUCGGCAGUCUACUCCUUCUACGACGUCCUUAUGUUUUCUCAGGUCAAUGGUUUCGCACCCACGAUGGCCAGGUUCGCGUUCAACGCCUUCCCCUUCGUGGGCAGCGCUGCCGCCUUUUCGGCCGUCACCUGCAUGUCGGCCAACUUCCGCAAGAAGGAUGACCUGCUCAACUACGUCUUCGGAGGACUCGCUGCCGGCGGAGUGAUCGGUGCCUGGAAGCAGAAGGCGUCCGUCGGACUUGGCUCCGGAGCUCUCUUCAGCCUCGCUGGAGUGGUCAUCUUCUCCUCAGUUGCCGAAAACUGGGACUUCUUCCCCAAAGAGCCCAUCCAUAAAUUAGUGUCGCCGGAUCCAUUUGACCAUAAGAAUGACUACUCUUUCAUUAAAAAUGACGCCCCGAAGAACUGGGUUAGCAAGUAAACGGAACCUUGUUUGAUGCAUUAAUUAUGUAGGAUGUAAAUAUGGAAAUAAUAAAUCUGUUUCGAAAAAUAUCUAAA